UCUCUAUUUUUUCUUUCGUUUCCCCCUCUCUCUCUCUCUAAAUUUUCUCUGCACUUUUUCCCACUUGCUCCCCCGAUUCUUCCUCAAAAUUUCCCACCAUCCGAACUGAAAAUCUCAGCAGAAUCAGAAGGAAACCGAAGAAGAGAAAGGAAGGGAGGGAGGGAAUGGACUCCAGAGAGCCACCGUCGCAGCAGCAGCAGCUUCCGCCGCCGCACCUUCAACAACACCACCACCAUCACCAGCAGCUCCACCACCUGCACCAGCAGCAGCAGGCGGCGGCGGCGAACAUGAUGUUGGGUCCAAACCCUUCCUCCUACCAAACCAUGAUCAACCCCAACUCGGCGGCGGCCGGAUUUCCUUUCAAUUCCAUGCCCGUGCGGCCUCCUCCUCCUCCUCCGCCUCCUCAAUCGAAGCCGCCUUCUUCCUCCGACGGGGGACUGAACGCCGGCUCCUUCGACGGAUCGUCCCCGACCUCGUCCGGUAUGAGGUUCAGCAUCGAGCCUGCAAAGAAGAAGCGCGGGAGGCCGAGGAAGUACACUCCCGACGGCAACAUUGCUCUCGGUUUGACGCCAACCCCUAUUUCUUCUUCAGCGGCUUCAGUAGGUCAUGUGGAGUCCGGCGGGGGCGCGGGUACUCCUCCCGGCUUGUCCUCCUCCGACGGUCCUGCUAAACGGCACCGUGGGAGGCCGCCGGGUUCUGUGAAGAGGCAGCUUGAUGCACUAGGAGGAGUUGGAGGGAUAGGGUUUACGCCUCAUGUAAUCUUGGUGCAAGCCGGCGAGGAUAUUGCUUCAAAGAUUUAUUCUUUUUCCCAGCAAGGCCCGAGAACUGUAUGUAUUCUCUCAGCAAAUGGGGCCAUAUGCAAUGUGACCCUUCGCCAACCUGCAGUGACUGGUGGCACUGUGACAUAUGAGGGGCGAUUUGAAAUAAUUUCUUUAUCAGGUUCCUUCUGGCUUUCUGAAAAUAAUGGUAAUAGGAGUAGACAUGGCGAUUUGAGUGUUUCAUUGGCCGGAUCAGAUGGUCGAGUUUUGGGUGGUGGAGUAGCUGGAAUGUUAAUGGCAGCAACACCUGUGCAGGUCAUAGUGGGCAGUUUUGUCGCCGAAGGCAAACGAUCAACCCCCGAAGAAUCUAAAUCUGGACCCUCAUUGGCUCCCACGUCCCAGAUGUUGAAUUUCGGAGCACCGAUGUCAGAAUCCAGCCCUCCUUUCCAAGGAGGGUCUAGCGAGUCAUCCGAUGAUCAUGGUAGUAGCCCCUUGAACCGGGGUGGCCCUGGGAUGUACGGCAAUGCAGGUCAAUCCCUUCACAGCAUGCAGAUGUACCAAGUCUUGGCUGGCCAAAAUCCUCAAUGAAUCCGUGGAUAGCGGCCACAAAAUAACACAAAAGCAAAAGAGAAGGGUUCCAUUUCAGGGUGGGUGAGAGCAUUGACAGUUAGGGCACGCAUUGGAUCAUGGUUUCUUGAGCAGCAAAGAUUUCUAGAGGUCGCGACCUGCUAACCGGCAUCGUGUAGUUGAAAGCUGUAGGACAAGGAUGAGAUGAGCCUUUCGUUUCGGUCAUUAUAUAUAUCGUCAUUAUCCUGGUUUCCUUCUUCAGUAGGCUCUUCGGGGUUUUUCUUCUUCUUCUUUUUUCUUUCUGUCUUUCCCCACCAUUCACGAUUGUGAUUCGAGUUAGAUAUCGGAAUAUCGAGGAAUAGCUGAUGAUGAUGCAUGGGAGCUGUGCUUUACUUCCUAGGGAGAGGUUUGUACAAUUGUACUUGUAGAAGAGUAGAGAAUUUGGCUAGGAUGGUAGAAGUUGGUUUCGUUUUAGCUGUUUUUAGGAAUCAACGUGACUUCAACUGUUCCACACUUUCAUGUGUCUGCAAUUUAGUUAUCAAGGUUAUGGAUAUAAACGCUGGAGCCAGCCGUGUGUGUUCCAGUUCUAAGCACAUUGCUGUUUACAUAAACCGGUUUUCGAUACGAGAUAUUUGAUCUCCCCACCAGUUUAAUAACUCGUGUAAUUGUUCGUAUGUCCAUUAUCGCUUCGAU